GGCGGCGGCGGCGAUGGCGGUGUGCGCGCGGCUGUGCGGGGCUGGGGCUGCGCGGGGCUGCCGCCGGCGGGGCUCGCAGCGCAAAGGGGCGGCGGGCGACAGCAGCGAGCCGGACACCGACCCCGAGGAGGGCGGCGAAGGCGGAGGCGGCGGCGGCGGCGGCGGAGGAGGCGAGGCGGCGGGCAGGGGCGGCCCGGGAGGGGCGGCGGGCCGAGCGCCGCUGUCGCUGCUGGAGCUGCCGCCGGAGCUGCUGGUCCAGAUCUUCGGCUCCCUGCCCGGCACCGACCUGCCCAGCCUGGCGCUCGUCUGCAGCGCCUUCCGACGCAUCCUCCGCACAGACACCAUCUGGCGCCGGCGCUGCAAGGAAGAAUAUGGCGUCUGCGAGAACCUGCGGAAGUUGGAAAUCACGGGCGUAUCUUGUCGAGAUGUGUACGCCAAGCGUAUAAACCCGCGAGUGAAGUCGGGACGUUUUAUGAAAAUUCUUCCUGACUACGAGCACAUGGAAUACAGGGAUGUUUACACCUGCCUGCUUCACCGGUACCGGCAUAUCUUAGGUCUCUGGCAACCAGACAUUGGACCCUAUGGGGGUCUCCUAAAUGUGGUGGUUGACGGCCUCUUCAUCAUCGGUUGGAUGUACUUGACCCCCCACGACCCUCACGUGGACGGCCCCAUGCGAUUCAAGCCCCUCUUCAGGGUUCACCUCAUGGAGAGGCGGAGCGCCACGGUCGAGUGCAUGUACGGGCACAAGGGACCCCACAGUGGGCAUAUCCAGAUUGUGAAGAAGGACGAGUUUUCCACCAAGUGCAACCAGACAGAUCACCACCGUAUGUCAGGAGGGAGACAAGAGGAGUUCCGGACGUGGCUACGAGAAGAAUGGGGUCGGACGCUGGAGGACAUUUUCCAUGAACACAUGCAGGAGCUCAUUCUGAUGAAGUUCAUCUACACCAGUCAAUACGACAACUGCUUAACAUACCGACGCAUUUACCUCCCUCCGUGCAGUCCGGAGUACCUGAUCCAGCCGGGCCUUUUCAAAGGGACCUACGGGAGCCACGGCCUUGAGAUCGUCAUGCUCAGCUUCCAUGGGAAAAAGGCCAAGGGAACGAAAAUCACGGGCGAUCCCAACAUCCCAGCCGGCCAGCAGACGGUCGAAAUUGACUUGGCCCAUCCCAUCCAGCUGCCUGACAUUGAAAACCUGAGCAACUUCAGCGAGCUCUCCCGGAUUGUGCUGGAGGUGCGAGAACAGGUGCGGCGGGAACAGCAGAAGCAGGAAGAAGGCUUGGCGGACGAGACGGGGCCGGAAGCUGAAGGCCAGCAGGAGCAGCAGAAGCAAGAGGAGGAGGAGGAGGAGGAAGGGGCUGGAUCGGAGGCAGCUGGAGAAGGAGCAGCUGCCUCUGGCUCCCCCCCUGCCCCCUGCCCCUUCGUCCUGCCCGGUGGGAUUGCCUCCCGAAACGAAGAUUAUCCCCGCACCUGCAGAGCAUGCUUCUACGGGACUGGCCUCAUCGCAGGCCACGGCUUCACCAGCCCCGAACGAACCCCCGGCGUUUUUGUCCUGUUUGACGAUGACCGUUUCGGCUUCAUCUGGUUAGAGCUGCAGUCGUUCAGCCUCUACAGUCGGAUCAAAGUCUCCUUCCAGAACGCCGAGGCACCGUCCCGGGAAGCUUUCGAUGAGAUGCUGAAGAACAUUCAGUUACUGACCUCAUGAUGGCGGCCAUCCAGGAACCCGAGGAAGGAAGGAUCCCAUUUUCCCAUGGUGGGGGCCUGGGCGCCGGACCUCAGCGCGAGGGGCUGCGUGUCCUUCUCCAUCCGGCCUUUUUAUCAAAUUGUACUCCUCCUCCUCCUCCUCCUUCGUGCGCUAACGUUCCUUUCCCAAUAUGUGAUGUAUAGUUUGUAAUAUAGCUUUAUUAUAUUGGGAGGGCAGCUUG